CACGGGCACGGCUCAGCGAGCGGGCAGCACCCGCGGGACCCGCACUCAGGCCGGCGAGGAGCAGGUGCCGAGGCGCUGGGCGGGCUUGGGGCUGCAGCAGAGCACGGGGUGUGAGCGCCGCACCGCACCGGGCGCUUGGUGAGUGGCGGCUGGGCGAGCAGGAACCCGAGUCCCGGCCUAAAUAUAGUGCCUCGCUUGCCCACAGUGCUGCGGGCUUUGGGGCUGCAGCCUGUGGGGGGAGGCACCGGACCGGACGGCAUUCGGACUGGGGGGUCGCCGCUGCCCCAGCGCCGCAGUCAGGCACCCAGCACCCCCGGACUGCAGGCAGGGGGAGAAGAAGGGCACGACGUGCCGGUUUGGGGUGACAGGGGUCGCGGGUGGUGGUGGGGGAGCUGCGGACAAUGCAUCGGGCACAGGGACGCAGCGGCACGAGCAGGGCUGGUGGGGAGCCCCGGGCAGCCCCGCCGAGCCCUGGCAUCCCCCCGAAGCGAGCCAAGGUCACAGCAGAACCGGGGCCGCCCCAGGAGGGCUCGGCUCGCCCGGCAGCGCCGUGUUUUGUGAGGAAACUGAAGAACGCAGCGAUCGGCACCGGCUGCGACAUCCGGCUGCGAGUGGUGGUGGUGGGCAACCCCCGGCCCAGCCUCCGCUGGUACCGAAACGAGGAGCAGCUGGCCCAGGGUGGGGAGGAGUAUGGCACCCUCUGGAUCCGGGACAGCAAGAAGGAGGAUGCCGGUGUGUACACGUGCGUCGCUGAGAAUGAGCAGGGGGAGGCCAUGACCAGUGCAGUGUUGGCCAUCAUUGACAUGGAAGACUCGGAGACAGGUGAGGAUGAAUCCAGCGACCCCCAGGUGACACAGCGCAGCGAUCUCCAGGAUGAGACGGCCUUCAGCACCCCCACGGGUGGCUCUGACACCCUCGUGGACGCCUCCAUGAACACAACGCCAACCUCGGUGCUGGCCCUGUCACAGGCAGAGGAGCGCUCCAGCUGGUCAGGCAGCCAGCAGACCGUGGUGGAGAAGGAGACGGAUGCCAGCCUCUCUGCACGGGGACCCUACCUCCGUCCCGCUGCCUGGCCGCAGCCACAGGGAACCCCAAGGCAAGCAAACACGCCGGCUCCCCGUGGCGCCGAGGUCCGGCACCUGGGCGUGGAGCCGCUGGUGCGGGCAUCACGGGCUAAUCUGGUGGGCACAAGCUGGGGGUCAGAGGAUAGCCUUUCGGUGGCCAGCGACCCCUACGGCAGCGCCUUCAGCCUGUACCGAGGACGGGCGCUCUCCCUCCACGUCAGCAUCCCCCAGGGAGGCUACCGCAGAGAUGACCUCCACAAAGGCCCCGUCUCUCCAAAGCCCGGUGCAGAGCCCCCGAGAUCCCCCGCUGCCCUGCCGCUGACUGCCAAGCCCCCCAUCGUCCGCUCACCAUCUCCUCGUGCUGGCACGUGCCUGCAGCUGCCUGCUGGCAUUGUGUCCCAGCCCGCUGCCCGUGGCCCUGGCGUCCCCUCCUUCACACCCGUGACCCCUCGCAAGAAGUCCCCGGUGCCGACGGAGUACCAGGACGUCGUUCCCGAGGAGUAUGAGGAGAAGAUCAAGAAGCCCAAGUCCUCGCAGGGCAGCACACAAGAGUCCCGUCCACAGACACCCAUGAGCGACGCCUCUGGCCGCAUCUCCGUGCGGGCAUCCCCCAAGCUGGUGCGUGCUGGCUCCAGGAUCUUUGAGAGGCUGCAGUACUUCGAGGAGCGGCAGAGGAGCCUGGAGCAGGACAGCCCCUUCCCCGCACGCUCCAACCUGCCGCUGCGCAAGACGCGCUCCUUUGACCAGCCUGGCGCUGGCUUGCGCCGUGCCAGCACUCCGGGUGGCUCUCGGGAGGACCUGCGGGAAGGUGGCCGCUGGGAGCCAGGCAGCACGGCGGCGUGCCGGCGUUUGGCCUUCCGGCAGAAAGCCGCAUCCUUUGACGAGCGGGGCAAGUUCGCCAACCGCGUCUACGACAUCGAGCACAAAUUUGCGGAGGAGCUGACCCGCAUCAAGCGGACGGUGUCCAAGCAGCAGCUGCGGCGCUCCCAGGAGCUGUGUAAAGCCGGGUUACCCCCGGCAGCCUCGCCCCCAGCGACCGGCGAGCCCCCUGCACCCCGUGCCCCCCGCAGCUCUUCCUCUCAGGGCGCCGGCGGGCGCAAGGCACUGCCUCCCAAGACCUGCCCGCCGGCAGAGAGCACGCACGUCAUCCAGCACCUGGCACUCUCCAGCGUGGUGUUGGUGGGACCCGAUGGGGAGCCGCUGCCGGGGGGGCAGCGUGGGAAGAGAGCCCCGGUGGGGGGCGGUGGGGUGGCUGGACAGCCCAGCUCCGCGGAGGAUGCAGGUGCCAGGAAGGGUCUGCAGCAAGAAGGCGCUGGGGAAGUGAAGAAGAAGGAGCAGUGGCCGUUGGCACAAGCCAGCCCGCAGGGAAGGGCGGCCCUCUCGCAGACGGGUCCCGCCGAAGGCAGCCCGUACCCAGAUGGUGGCCCCGCCCGUGGCCCCGGGGCAGUGAGCGAAGCUCUGGCUGCCCGACUGGCCGUGCCCCACGGACUGUACCGGCGGCCGGAGACGCCCACAGAAGUGCGAUUCCUGCCUUGGGCAAAGCCAGGGAUGGAGCAAGAAGCUCGUCUGGAACGAAGCUGGGCAGGACAGCAUGGUGUGGGCAGGGAGGUGGAGAGAAGGCAGAUGAAAGUGUCAGAGAAGAAGGAGAGUGGCCGGACGGCUCAAGAAGGCAGGAGCACACGAAGCAAGGGGAAGGGACGCCGAGCCAGGCCCACCUCUCCAGAGCUAGAGUCCUCAGAUGACUCCUAUGUCUCAGCGGGUGAAGAUCCCCUGGAAGCCCCCGUCUUUGAGAUCCCCAUCCAGGACAUGGCAGUGGUCGUGGGGGCAGAGGUGCUGCUCAAGUGCAUUGUCACAGCCAACCCCCAGCCGGAAGUGUCCUGGAGGAAGGACGGGGUUCCGCUGCGGAGCAGCACGACGCGCCCCAUCAAGGCGGAGGGCGAGCGGCACACGCUGCUGGUGCGUAGCGCCCGGGUGGCCGACGCCGGGCUGUACACGGUGACCGCGGCCAACGAGGUGGGGGCCACCUGCUGCAGUGCCAUCCUCAGCGUGCGGCCCGCACCCGCGGUGGAGCGGCAUGGGAACUUGUCCCCCACCAUCGGCCAGGCCAGCCCCAUCACAUCGGACGAGGAGUACCUGAGCCCCCUGGAAGAGUUCCCCGAGUCCGGCACCCCCCAGCACCGACCGGCCAUGAAGCUGCAGCCAAGAGCCGAGCAUGGGGCUGCCCGCAGCUCCCCAGAGAGCACCUUCAAGGCUUCACCUACCUUUGAGGUAUCCUUGUCGGACCAGUCGGUGCUGGAGGGGCAGGAUGUUAGCAUGAGCGUUCGUGUCCGUGGGGAGCCCAAGCCCAUCAUUUACUGGCUGAGGAACAGGCAGCCAGUGAAGUAUGGCCGCCGGCACCAUGUGGAGGAGGCAGAGGGAGUGCGGGGGCUCUUCACGCUGCACAUCCUGGCGGCAGAGCACACUGACACCGGCUUCUACACAUGCAAGGCCGUCAACGAGUAUGGCACCAAGCAGUGCGAGGCCAAGCUGGAGGUCAGAGCUCGCCCUGAGUGCCAGUCCCUGGCCAUCGUGGUUCCCCUGCAGGACUUGGUGGUCGGGGCGGGGGAGAUGGCGGUCUUUGAGUGCAUGGUGGCCGGCCCGCCAGACAUGGACGUGGACUGGCUGUCCCGGGGCCGGCUGCUCCAGCCUGCCCUGCUCAAAUGCAAGAUGCAUUUUGAUGGGCGCAAGUGCAAGCUGCUGCUCACCUCUGUGCAUGAAGACGACAGCGGAAUCUACACCUGCAAGCUCAGCACUGCCAAAGAUGAGCUGACCUGCAGCGCCCGGCUGACGGUGCAGCCCUCUGUGCAGCCACUCUUCACCCGCAAGUUGGAGGACGUGGACGUGGUGGAAGGGCGGACAGCGCGUUUUGUCUGCAUGAUCAGUGGGACUCCCCCUCCGACGGUUACCUGGACUCACUUUGGCCUCCCAGUGCAGGAGGGAGAGAACGUGCGGAUUCAGCAGGAUGGAGGGCUGCACUCACUGGUCAUCGUGCACGUGGGCAGUGAAGAUGAAGGGCAGUACAAGGCAACCGCUAGGAACACCCAUGGCCACGUGGAGUGCUCUGCUGAGCUCUAUGUGGAGGAGCCAAGGCCAUCUGCAGCCUCCCAGAUCUCUAAGCUGGAGAAGAUGCCAUCCAUCCCAGAGGAGCCAGAGCAGGUGGAGACAGAGGCAGAGUGCUUCACCAUGCCCGAUUUCCUGAAGCCACUGCACAACCUGGACGUGGUGGAGUCGAAGGAGGCCGUGCUGGAGUGCCAGGUGGCCGGGAUGCCCUACCCCUCCAUCACCUGGUACCACAACGGCUCCAGAAUUGACAGCACUGAUGACCGCAAGAUGAUGCAGUAUAAAGACAUCCAUCGUCUGGUAUUCACGGCUGUCACCCACGCACAUGCUGGUGUCUACAAAAGCGUCAUUGCCAACAAAGUGGGGAAGGCCACAUGCUAUGCACACCUCUAUGUCACCGAUGUGGUGCCAGCCCCCCCAGACGGGCCCCCCACUGUGGCCUCGGUGACCGGCAGAGCCAUCACGCUGACCUGGAACAAGCCGAAGUGGCUGGAUGCUGCCAUAGACCCCAACUCGGUGACGUAUGUGGUGCAAAUGCAAGUGCUGGGCACAAUGCAGUGGGUGGUGCUGGUGGCCGGUGUGCAGGACACCACCUACACAGUGCACAGGCUGACCAAGGGUGCCCAGUACCUCUUCCGUGUCAUCACUGCCACUCCCAAGACCAACAGCAAGCCCUCUCCACCUGUGGGGCCCGUGCAACUCCUGGACCGGGGUCCCUAUCUGGAGGAGGCCCCAGUCAUCCUGGACAAGCCAGAUGUGGUGUAUGUCGUAGAAGGCCAGCCAGCCUCCAUCACCAUCACCAUCAACCAUGUGGAGGCCAUCGUCACCUGGAAGAGGGGCGGGCAGGUUCUGGGGGAACUGGAGGGCACGUGUGAGAUGAUGAUGCCGGACGACGACCAGCACUGCCUGCGGCUGCUGCGUGUGGGCCGGGGAGCUGGGGGGCUGCUGGCCUGUGAGGUGAGCAACCGCCACGGCACUGCCCACUGCACCCUCCGCCUCCACCUCGCAGAGGCACCGCGUUUUGAGUCCAUCAUGGAGGACAUCGAUGCCCAGGAAGGGGAGACGCCACGAUUCGCUGUGGUGGUGGAGGGGAAACCGCUGCCAGACAUCAUGUGGUACAAGGACGGGGAGCUGCUGGAGGAGAGCAGCCACCUGAGCUUCGUAUAUGAGGACAAUGAGUGCUCGCUGGUGGUGCUGGGUGCUGCCGAGCCUGACAGCGGCGUCUACACCUGCACAGCCAAGAACCUGGCUGGGGAGGUCUCCUGUAAAGCAGAGCUGGUGGUGCGGGCAGCCCAGCCCACUGCUGAUGCCGCCAUGGAGGAGGAUGCACUGCACAAGGCACGACGCCUGACUGACUACUACGAUGUGCACGAGGAGAUCGGGAGGGGGGCUUUCUCCUAUCUGCGGAGGGUGACAGAGAAGAGCACCCGGCUGGACUUCGCUGCCAAGUUCAUCCCUGGGAGGACCAAGGCCAAGCAGUCGGCUCGGCGGGAACUGCACAUUCUCUCUCAGCUGGACCACGAGCGCAUUGUCUUCUUCCACGAUGCCUUUGAGAAGAAGAACGCCGUCAUCGUGGUCAUGGAGCUCUGCUCUGAAGAAGAGCUGCUGGACAGGAUGGUGAGGAAGCCCUCAGUGUGCGAGUCGGAGGUCCGGUCGUACAUGCGGCAGGUCCUGGAAGGGAUCUGCUACCUGCACCAACACAGCGUCCUGCACCUGGACAUCAAACCAGAAAACCUCCUGAUGGCAGAUUUGAGCAGCGAACAGAUCCGGAUCUGUGACUUCGGCAAUGCGCAGGAGCUGACGUCUGAGGAGCCACAGUACUGCAAGUAUGGCACCCCUGAGUUCGUGGGCCCUGAGAUUGUCAACCAGACCCCUGUAUCCAGCGUCACUGACAUCUGGCCUGUGGGGGUUAUCGCAUACCUCUGCCUGACAGGAAUCUCCCCCUUUGUGGGGGAGAAUGACAAGACAACGCUGAUGAACAUCCGCAACUACAAUGUGGCCUUUGAGGAGAGGAUGUUCCAGGGACUCACCCGGGAAGCCAAGGGCUUUGUCAUCAAAGUGCUGGUCAAUGACAAGCUGAGACCCAAUGCAGAACAGACCCUGGAGCAUCCCUGGUUCAAGACACUGGCCAAGGGGAAGGUCAUCAGCACUGACCACCUCAAGCUCUUCAUCUCCCGUCGGAAAUGGCAGCGCUCACAGAUCAGCUACAAGUGCAACAUGGUGCUGCGGCCGAUCCCAGAGCUGCUAGAGGACACGUCCAACCACCUUUCCAUCGCCGUGCCCCGGCACCUCAAGGAGUCACCAGCGCUGUCAUCCUCCUCAGACUCAGACGACUUGGAUGAGCUGCCCUUCAUCCCCAUGCCACACCAGGUGGAGUUCUCUGGCUCCCGCAUGUCACUCAAUGAGAUCCCCACAGAUGAUGAAACCGUUGGGACAUCUGAGGGGCUGCAGCCAGAGGGGGAUACCUCGGCCAUGGAGUGGCAGAGUCAGGGCACAGGAAAGCCCGGGGUGGCCCUAGGGAAGCGGCCAAGGGGUGCUGGGCUGCGGCGACCAUGUGCAGAGAUGGAGGCACCUGGCUCCUCCGAUGAGGAAGCCCCCGAAGCCCAGAAGCGGCCAGAGUAUCCUCGCAAAGCCAUGAGGAAGGGUUCCAGCCUGGAGUCCCCAGGGAGCGCCCGUCGGGGAGAGCUGAAGAGAGGCGGCUCCGCUGACAGUGCCCUGCUGCUCCAACAGCUCCCAGGGACUGAGGAGGGGGCUGAGGCGGCCCGGGACCCCCGCCGGGCCCUGGCCAAGGCAGCCUCCAUGGAGCUGCCAAGGCGGAAGGUGGUCUGGGGGGAGGACGAUCAUGCCCAGCGCCUGGAGCUGAUGCGCCAGCGGCUGCUGCGGGGCAGCUCUGGGGACAGCAAGGUCAGUGGCCUGCGGGGCCCCCUCCUGGAGACCCUGGGGGUCAGCCCUGACAAGAAAGUCUCGCGGUCAGCCCGGCUGGAGGCACCAGCAGUGCCACGGCUGGUGCGGGCAGCCUCCAGUGAAGCCACCUCACCGCGCCUCCUCCCCACUGAGUGCCGGCUGCAGAAGAGCAGCUCCUUCAGCCAUGGGGACGCCGAGCCUGUCGUCCGGCACAGACGUUCUGGCGCGCCCCUGGAGAUCCCAGUGGCCUGCCUGGAGGCCCAACGGCUCAAGGAGUCCCCCUCUCUCUCUGCCCUCUCCGAUGCUCGGCCCACAGUGCCAUCAGACACCCCAAGCACACCAACACCCUCUCCGGUAGAGAUCACUGUUCCCCAGGCCCCCCCCACAAAGGCUGCCUCAGGGAGGAGGCGCAUCCCUGAGGAACGUGGCCCACCUGGGGCCAGCAAGGCUGCUACCACCACAGGGAAGAAGCCUACAGACAGGGGACAGGAAGAGAAGACACCCACCAAGGCUGCUGGAGCCAGUGGGGAGGGGGCUACCAGGACAGGAGCUCCCACCCCACCAAAGCCCACAACCCCUGUUCCCCAAACCCACAUAAAGUCUUCCUAUGCCAAGAUGAUGCAAGCCAUGGGAGGCGUGCAAGGCGGGGAGCCAGCCAUCGAGAAGCCCCCACCAACCACCAGCGAGCCCCCACCAAACAUCAAGGAGACCCCAGCAGCCAGCCCUGCAAAGCCCCCUACACCAGCACCAGCAUCAAAGAGGGAGGUGAAGCCCACCGGCUCCUCCAGCUCCCUGGUCAUCCAGGACAUCGAUUCCGAGGAAGUCUUUGAGGCCAAGUUCAAGCGGGGCCGCGAAUCAUCCCUCACGCGGGGGCUGAAGCUCCUCACCCGCUCCCGCUCCGAGGACCGGCACCUGGCCGGCCCCCCAGUCUCCGACGAGGGCAUCUACCGCCCUACACCAGCCGGCGUGCCCCUGGAGCUGCGCAGGGACCGGCCCACCGGGCUGGCAGCCAAGUCCAAGUCGGUGCAGGACCUGCACGAAGUGGAGAAGGAUGGGGGCUUCUUCCGGAGGAUGUCCAUACUCCUCAAGCGGACCCCGCCCGCUGAGAGGAAGAAGAGCGUGGAGGAGGACGGAGGCAGUGAGACCCCAUCUGGUGGGCGCCGCUUCUCCUGGAGCAUGGCUCUGGCCAGCUCCAGGGAGCGGAGGGACUCAGAGAGCCUCAAGUCAGAGCCGGGGGGUGGUGGCGAGAGCGAGUCCCCGGCGGUGGCUGUGCGGAGGAAGAUCAGUGCCACAAUGGAGCGGGUCUCGGCGCGGCUACGCAGCGUCUCGGACGAACGGCCGGAGGGCGAGGGGCCCCGCCAACUCCGCCGCGCCAGCUCCGAGGGUGAGAGCCUGAGACCGGGGCCCGCCCCCGCGCCCGCCCCCUCCUCUGAGUCCCUGCGCUCCGAGGCCAGCACGGGCUCCUCUGCCUCUGCCAAAGGUGGGGGUGACAGUCAGAAGAGGUCCCGCUGGGAGCGCUGGGGGCUCUCCCGGGGCAAGAAGGAGAAGAUGGCUUCACAGCCCAGCAUCCCCUCCAGCCUUCUGCGGGAGGAGGCACUCGCCGCCGGCCGGCCACACACACCCAGUGAAUCGGAUUUCCCCCCUGUUUUCCACAUCAAACUGAAGGACCAGGUGCUGCUGGAGGGCGAGGCACUGACCCUCUGCUGCCUUCCUGCUGGCAGCCCAACCCCACGGAUCCUCUGGAUGAAAGACAAGAGGUCCCUGCAGCCGGACAGUGGGCUGAACGUCGUCUCCUGCAAGGACGGCCGUCAGAUGCUCACCAUUGCCAAGGUCUCCAGGAAGGAUGCAGGGCUGUACGAGUGUGCAGCCGCCAACAUCCUGGGCACCGCCAUCAGCUCCUGCACACUGGCUGUGGCACGGCUCCCUGGGCGGCCAGGCACCCCGGAGAUCCCCCAAAAGUACAAGAACACGGUGCUGGUGCUGUGGAAGCCUGCUGAGAGCAAAGCCCCCUGCACCUACACACUGGAGCGCAGACUGGAUGGAGAGCAUGAGUGGAAGAUUGUCAGUACUGGUAUCACUGACUGUUACUUCAACGUGACUGAGCUGCCUCCCGGUAGCACUGCCAAGUUUCGUGUGGCCUGUGUCAACAAGGCUGGGCAGGGACCCUACAGCAACCCCUCAGUAAAGGUGCAUCUUGAGGCAGCAGAUGUCCGAGCUGCCCCAGCCGCCAAGGAUGUUGCUGUCCCCAUUCCUGAGAAGGUGGCCUCCAGCCGGUCAACCCAGACACCUGAGGAGCAGGUGGAGCCGGUGGCUGCAGGGGCCCCUCCCACCACACCGCCACAAAAGCACAAGGGAGUGGUACAGAAGGCAGCCGGAGCAGAACAGGAGGGUGCCCCCACAGGGGUCCUUCCACCCCCUGCACCCCAGGAAGAGGGUGUGCCAUCAGAUCCUGAGCUUCCACCCAACAUCACUGUCUACGUGCCCCCCGAGCUGAUGUUCACCCCCCCUCGGACUGCUGCAUCUCCUCAUACAGACACCCCCACCCAGGGCUCCCCGGCACCCCCCACAGACACUUCCCCCCAGCCCCAGGCUCUGUCUCCUUCCAAGUCCCCCACCACUCCCUCAAUGUCAACCACACCCAGCUCAGCCCCCACACCAUCUCCCACCCCCAACACCACAUCUGCACGGAAGAUGCCUCCCUACAUGGUAACCUCCUUCAUCUCUAUGCCCCCCACAUCACCCCCUGCGCAGGAGCUCACCACCACUCCCCCAUCCUCCAAGGAGCCCCCAGCUGCUGGUGGGGUCCCAGGGGCAAAAGACAGCACAGCACUGCGGCAGGGUGUCCCCCAGAAGCCAUAUACCUUCUUAGAUGAGAAAGCAAGAGGCCGUUUCGGGGUGAUCCGGCUGUGCAAGGAGAAUGCCACAGGGAAGCACUUCAUGGCCAAGAUUGUGCCCUAUGAGGCGGAGCGGAAGCAGAGCGUGCUGCAGGAGUAUGAGAUCCUCAAGGCGCUGCACCAUGAGCGCAUCAUGGCCCUGCAUGAGGCGUACAUCACACCCCGCUACCUGGUGCUCAUCUGCGAGAACUGUGCUGGCAAGGAGAUCCUCUACAGCAUCGUGGACAGGUUUCGCUACUCGGAGGAUGAUGUGGUGAGCUACGUACUGCAGCUCCUGCAGGGCCUUGAGUACCUGCAUGGCCGCCGCAUUGUACAUCUUGACAUCAAGCCAGACAACGUCAUCGUCUCAGGCACAAAUGCCCUCAAGAUCAUUGAUUUUGGCAGUGCCCAGACCUACAACCCCCUUGUGCUGCGGCAGCUGGGGCGGCGUGCUGGCACCCUGGAGUACAUGUCGCCAGAGGUGGUGAAGGGGGACCCGGUGGGCUCCGCAGCAGAUGUCUGGGGCGUUGGCGUCCUCACCUACAUCAUGCUCAGCGGGCGGUCGCCAUUCUUUGAACUGGACCCCAUUGAGACAGAGAACCGCAUCCUGGCAGGGCGCUUUGAUGCCUUCAAGCUGUACCCCAACGUCUCGCAGACUGCCGCCCUCUUCAUCCGCAAGGUCCUCACUGUCCAUCCCUGGAGCCGCCCCACGGUGAAGGACUGCUUCGCCAAUGCCUGGCUCCAGGAUGCCUACCUGAUGAAGCUGCGCCGCCAGACCCUGACUUUCACCACCAACCGCCUCAAGGAAUUCCUGGUGGAUCACCAGAGGCGCCGCGGCGAGGCCGUCACAAAGCACAAGGUCUUACUCCGCUCCUACCAGGGCGGCCAGCCACCAGGGCCACAGUAACUGGCGCCUUGGCCACGGCCAUGAGGGGCCGGGGAGCCAGAGGAACAUUCCACGGGCCGCGGUAGGGGGCGGCUGAGGAGGAGCCGGGACGCGCGAGGAUGAGUCCAUGGACCUCGUGUGCUGCUGUCAGGGAUGACGGUGGCCAGCAGCAUCGUUUUGGCAGCACCGAUGAAGAGGACGUGCUGCCGCAGCCAGACCAGCAGUGGGGUCUGGCAGUGGGAGGGUGGUGGGAAGCCUUACUGCAAGGAACAGAGAAUGUGGCAGAGGGUCGGGAGAAGGAUGGGAUGCAGACAGAGGGUCAAAGGAAGCCCCAGAUGGGAGGGGAAGAUCUGCCAGUUUGCCAGCCAGCCCUGGCCACAUGGGUCCCAUCAGCCGUGUGCCUUACACUGCAGCCUGCAGCUGCCCCUGGCCACGGUGUGGCAGUCCUUGUGCUCCCCCUGGUUUGCACACCAGCACCAGAAGACUGAGGUUGCUCCAGUGGUUCCUACAGAGAGAGGGCUUGCUCACAAUCCCCUGCCAGCCAGCACAGCCCCAGUCCUUACAGCUGGGAGGGGGGCUGCCAACCCCCCACCUUCCGCUCCUCCCAGCCCUGGUCCUGGCAAGUGGGUUUGUGGCUCCAGGACCGAUGCCGGUGCCUUUCCUGGGGUUGUCGGCUGCACCCCGUGCCAGGGUGGGGGACUGGCAGGCACCCCUUCUUAGCAGGGGGGCACCCAGGUGCCAUGCACACCUCCUGUGUCUGCUCAGGCCCAUGCUGCUCGUGCUCUGCCCACCCAGCUCCGGACCUUGCCCUGUACCCCACUACCAGCCUGCUCGCCUCUCUCAGACCCUUCACACCUUCCACCUGACCCCGAGGUGCCUUGCCCUGUCCUGUGUCCCGUCCUCAGCCCUCCCCGGCUGGUGGCACAAUGCGGGGUGCCCUGAGCGGGGGGACAGGAGCAGCGGCUGGGCACUCACCUUCCUCAUGCUGCUGUAGUGAUAGGGCUUUAUUUAUUGACUUUGGGGAGAAGGCGUCUGCUCAUUCCGGUCCCCAUUCCUGUCCCCUCCUCUCUGCCGGGCUCUGGAGUUGCCAAUGUCCCCUUGGUUUGGAGCAAGCAACAUGCCAGAGCAGCAAUAAAGACCCUGAGCAGCC